UGAAAAGCCCGCGCUCGAUUGAAUAUGAGAAGCCUGAAAACCGUCUGAAAUUGAAACCGUUCGUCCCCUUUCUCCGCCAGCUCGCUUGUCGUUUGAGCUUUUUACACAAGACGGACGACGGAGACGUCAAGAUGGAGCGGAAUAUCAGCAACAAGAGCCACAGCAGCGAGGCGAGCGGAUCGAGCAGCAAAAACGGAGCAGUAUCUUCGUCCUCCGGGAACAAUUCUUCGCAAAACAGCACCCCUGGAGGCAGCUCGCUGGACCGGAACGCGAACUUUCAAGAAACGCUUUGGGAGCUGCUCACGCGGCUUCUGCUCAACUACCCUUUCGAGGCCACUCCGGUUCUCUUGUUGCACAAGAACGCCGAACUAAUUGUCCACACUAAAAGAUCGCAGCAGCGCAAACUGCAGCUAAACGCCGGAACGUCGUUUACCAAAGUGCCGCAGGCGGUCCAGGAAAUCUUCAACGAAGCCCGGCGCCGGGCGGCAGCAUUGGUGGUUGGGGACGCGAAGAGAUCGAACGCGUUUCUGUCCAUGAUGUCAAAGUGGAGAGCAGAAAAGUUGUCUACUAUUGCACCGAUAGUACCGCAAGGCCAAGGGGUGAAUAACAACAAGCUACUACUUUCCGGAGCCUCCAGCGGACAGCAGCAGCCAUCCGGUGGAUCCGCUUCUUCAAUGAAUUCGCUGGCUCCGCAGAUAAAUUUCGAACUCGGAACAUCAAGGGGGAAGAACAUUAUUAGCGGACCCAACAGCAUGGAUCAUGCUCAUGGGGUUCUAGACCAAGAACUACCGGGCGGUAGCUUUUCUUCUGGUGCAGGAACAACCUCCUCAAGUCUGAACCCCAUCGUAGGUGCGCUGCGAAAUUUGCUCGGCAAAGCAGCUACGGCAAAGAACAAAACGAGCCCACCGGAUCAUGAAAGUGGCUCUAGUAAUAGCAGUAGUGAAAGCUGCGAUGAACAAGAUGGUUCGGGCAACAUCGAGAACCUUCUCUUCAAGCUGCUCGAGCUGUACCAGCAGAAAAAAUCCGACUCCUCGGUCGGUCGCCGCGAGUGGCAGGACCAGCUGGACUUUUUCCGCACCGAGCACAACUUUUCGGACGUGCGCAACCUGAGCCACUUUUUCGUGUUUCCGAAAAAGAGUAAAGCGGUGGAACACAGAAAGCUCGAGAAAUACGUGUUUGAUGCGAGAAAGGCGAAGCAGCUCCCGGUAAAAGCGACUAAAGCAGACUGCAAGGAAACCGCGCUUUCCCACCGCGUCACCGCGUUGGAGAAAAUCUUUUCCUGGUGCAUCGAGCUGUGUCACGAGCUGCCUCCACACCCAAAUGGCAUAGACUGGAAGGACGAAAAACGGGUCAUGCCCAUCACCAAGUCGGCGGUACAGGCGGAGACGCACAAGCAGUGCAAGCAGUGGGCGACGUGGUGGCCGAGCCUGACCGCUUACUCGGACAUUCACUACCAGUACCGUGAAGCGGACCUGCUCACGGGGUGGUCCGACACCUUUCAAAUGGUGGGCAGCGGGGUCUCCGUGCCGCGCAGCAUCAUCGUGGUGGCGGAAAGCGGGAAGGCGUACAAGCUGCUGGUCAAGGGCGACGACGAUGCCCGACAAGACUGCAUUUUCGAGCAGAUUUUCAUGCAUUUGAAGUCCGUCGCCGGAAGAGCCGCGCCGGGGGGCGGGGGAAAAACCAACAAAAACGUGUUCGAGCACCUGGUCACCUACAAAGUGAUACCGCUCGCACCGCAACAGGCCGUGAUAGAGUGGGUCGACCCAACAAUGCCCGUCGGAAGUUGGCUGCAGGUAUUGCUUCAGUUUAUUGUCAGAAGUUGUUAGUUUAGUUGAGCAACACGUAUUUUUAUUUCAAUUGCAGCUCAUGGCCAUGGAUAUUUCAUAAAGAUGAGCAUGGAACACCAAAAAGUUUUCGUCCAAAUUUUUCAACAAAGAAACCCUCGAUUCCGAAGAAGAAAAUGCAUUCGAACAACAGGACGCUGGCGGCGGGCAUGCGCGCUAUAAUCCACAGGAUUGGGCAAAUGCCCGAUGUCGCGCGGUCAUGAACGAAGGCCACUUUACGGGUUUUGUGCAAGACCCGGCCUUGCGAGACAAGAAAAUCGCGGCGUUCAGGAAGUGUUGCGAGAACUUCCAGCCCGCGCUAUUGUGAGGAAAAAUCCCCCCUCCCCAUAUCGAAAAGAUACGUCGCCGAAAAUUUGCAAUGCUGAUUUGCGACCACAAAUCAUCUCUGUCUUGCAAGAAGGCAAGUCCACAGGCUCCGCCGCAUUCUGCAGGCGGUUUGUGAUGCUGUUGGGCCUACAGCGCAGACGUUUCUCAUGCUAAGAGCCUAGCCCAAGACCUCUCUACUCAGGCUUAGUAUGGACCUGCAGUCCUCUCCAGCAAGACAAAUCCGAUUUGUGUACGCAAAUCCAGCAUCACAGACUUCGUUUUGAUGUGGGGUGGGGGCUUUUUUCACUUUGAUACGCGCUGAAGUACUUCUUUCUCGAGAAAUUUGGGCACAACGCGGUCAAACACCACGAGGCGCUGUAUCAAGUGUAAAAAUGUCUGGGUCUGGAAGAUUCUGAGAUUUGUCAUGCAUGUUUUACAUGACCUAGGAUGUCUGUAAUGCGCGACCUGACAUCACAGAUUUUUAGAGUGCUUGCUGAUGCCUACUCCGCAUGACAAACGCCCUCCCCGCGUAGCGCAACCUAGACUCCUCUUGCUGGUCAUGCAAUACAGAUUUUUUUAGAUGAGUCCAAAGCUAGCGUCACAAGUUCCAUCCUCCCAGACCCAGACAUUUUUACAGUUGAUACGCUGACGGCGUAUGCGAAAUCGUUGGCGGUGACCUCGAUGGUCGGGUAUGUUCUGGGCGUGGGCGACCGGCACGUGAACAACAUCAUGAUGAAUUUGAAAACCGGCGAGAUCCUCCACAUCGACUUUGGCAUGGUCUUUGACUUUGCGAAAAAUCUCCCCGUUCCCGAGGAGGUGCCCUUCCGGAUGACGCGCGACUUGGUGCACCCGCUCGGGUGGCAGGGGUUGCAGAACGGGGUCUUUCGGAAAGGAUGUGAGUACGCGUUCGAACUGCUGCAGCAGCACGAGGAAUUGCUGUUAAACCUGUGCGAAGUCUUUCUCUACGACCCCAUCACGCGGUGGAACGCGCGCCAGGAGUGCGAAACGGCGGCCGGCGGGGAGCAGGCACUGCAGAGCAUACGGAGCAAGUUGAGCUUGACCGACUGUCACAGCAAGUCCGGGCUGAGCCAGUUCAAGGACGUGCCGGCUUUCCUGGACUACUUGUUGACGAAAGCAACGGACCCAGUGAACCAGGCAGUGAUGUUUGCCGGGUGGAGCUCGUGGUGUUAGUGACGGGGUCGUUGUGUACGUAGAACCAUCAGAAGUGAAUUAUUCAUUUCUGAUUGUUUUACUCACUUUUGUAGAAAUUGGAUGAAAUCCUCAAGAUGCAAAUGCUUAUACUUUUACUUUGUGAG